AUGGGAAUGGCUUUGAAAAAGUUGAUCGAGGAUGCUAUUGAGAGCGCUACUAGGAGUCUUAAAAGUAAAGAAGAUGAACUUAAAUGCGCUGAUAAAGGCUCUGAUGGGCUAUAUGGCAACUAUUGUAAUACGCUUCAAAAGAAAAUUGAAGACGAGAAAGAUGGAUCUCAAAAAUCUAGACACCAAUCUGACUUGAAGAAACAUUACUCUGAUGUACAUUCCUCUGAGGAUAAAAGAAGGGGCGCUUUGGAUGAUAUCGAUGCCCGUCGUAUCUCUCUUGGUACGCUUGCUGGACAACUUAUGGGUUUUAUUGGCAGUGGACAGGAAGUUAAAGAUGCAUUGUUGAAGGGUUUGCACAGUAACGUAAGUCAGCUUGAAAAGCUUUUAAAUGCAUCUUGCGGAGGAGAGGGGUGUUGUAAGAACAAAUUGCCUGGGAUUGAGAAACUUAAGGAAACGAAAAGCUCUGAUGAAAAUAAUGUUGAAAGGCAAUUCAAUGGCCUUCAACCUAAAUUAAGUGAGAUAGAAAAGGAAAUUGCUGAAAACAUUAGCAAGCUUAAUACUACAAUUCAGCGUUUUGAGAGUGAAAAGACCGCUAAAAAAGAUGCUUUCUCUGAGAAGGAUUCUAAAUCCCUUAACUCUCAUCAGUCAUCCAUGAAGUCUCUUGAGACACUGAAUGGGCUUUGUGGAUAUGCUAAGCAACUUGAAACAGUGUCAGCUAAUAAUCCACGUGAUUUACUUACUAACCUGUGCUCUGGCCUUGAGACCUUCCUAGGCUUCAACCCAUCAUCCAAAGGCUACGAUGGCACUGGCAUCGUGUACUCGGACCUUGACAGGCUGUGUGACGGGAUGAUGGCGUUCUUGCACGGGGUGUUGGAGAGUGUUAAGGAUGAUGAUAACGUUACAACAUAUAAUGAAUACAUUGAUGAAGAACAUAAAAUUGAUAAAGUUCUCUCCACUUUACAAUCUAAAAUUGGCUCCGGGCGUGGAGGCCUUUCGAAGUCUGUCACUAAGGUGAAGGAGUGGUUGGGGAAAUAUAAUGAGGAAGUUGGUAACAAGACUGGAGCAGUGACUGAAGGAUUAUCUUCACUUAUAGGUAAGUUGCGUAGUGAUAUUUCAUCUGGUGCAGGUGGAAAUGAGUAUUACAAGGAAGUGGAGAAGCAAGAGAACUCUGGGCUCGGCACUCAACUAAUGGGUUGGACGUCGACCGUGCAGAAGAUUAAAUUUGAACUUAAUGACAUAGAAACACGUAAUAUUAAGACACUAGAUCCUACACUUAGCGCACAACUAACGCACAAAGUAGAUCCGAUAACUAAGGUUGUCGAGCACCUGGAAAGGGUGGCUGGGAACAGUGACUUUGCCGAUAAGGUGACGGCGGUGGACGAUCAAUUCACCCAGCAAGAAAAACAUGUGAGAGGGCAAAUUGACAAGAAAUGUUCAGGCCUUCAGGCACAACUGAGCACUCAAUUUCAUAAUAUCAACCGUAAUAUUGUGGCCAUUGCGGAGAAAAGGACUGAACACUUGGACCCAUUGUUGAAACUUGUCAGUGAUCUAAAGCAGACUGUGACAGCUGCUGGCGGAGCGGCCGAUCAGUUGGUUAGUGAUUAUGAGAGUCAGAUUGUCAAUGGGUUGAAUAACAUAAACGAGAAAAAAUUACUUGGCACCAAAGAUAUUACUACUCAGCUCCAGGAUGUCGUUGGUCGAAUAACUCCGCAGUUAACUAACCUUAGUCAGCAUUUGGGGACGCUUAGGAACAGUCAUAUAGAGGUUCAGCAAACGGUGGGCAGCGGGUUGCAAGAGAUAAUUCGUGAGUUGAAUCAGCAGAUUGGAGCACUUAAGGGCCAGUUAAAUGAGAAGUUUAAUAAGUAUGUGAAAGCCUAUGUUACGCAGGUUCAGGGAGAAGUGAAGCGUAUUAAGAAGGAAAUGACGAUGGUGAAUCCGAAUGGCUCAAAUUCCGAACUUCACCAGCAAGCCACUUCAGUCCAGCAGAACAUUCGAGACCUGGAUGGCGAACUUGAUAAGGGCGCCAAUGCAAUUGGCACUGCAAUUAAUUUAGCCGCAAAUGGAAUUAAUAACGCACUGGGCAGUUUGGAUGGGAAAGUAAGAAGUGGAUUAUGGAGUGUGAGAGAAGGGUUAAGAACGCAGUUGCAGCAGUAUGUUAAGGGGUAUGUCACUGCAGUUAAUGAACAAGUUGAAGUGGUGAAAGGCCCUGGGAAGGAAGCUAACACAGGUAUCGAAGGAAUUAAGAAGCGAAUGAAGGAAUACGCGGACGCUAUUUUCACAAAUAUGGGUACGACGGAGAGUGGGAUGAUGGAUGAGUGGAUUGUUAAGAUUUUAACCAAUAAUGGUUUGGUAAUAAAGAAGCUUGAGGACUACGUUAAUUUUAACAAAGAUCGCAGCAAGGCCACGAAGAAUCAUUUCAAAGGCAGUAUCAACGGAGCAAAUGAUUUGCAUGAUAAUAUUAAGCCUGCAAUUAUGAAUGCGCUUAAGGAUCAAGUAUAUGCGACGGUUAAAGGAACCUAUGAUGUACAACCCACCGGUGAUGUUGCAGGGGAUUUACGAAAAUUGCAGAAUUUUUUGGAGGCAUAUGCCCAGAGACUAGACACAAAACUGAAGACCCCUGGCACAGAAUCGUAUAUCUCGAAGAUAGUCGAGGAUAUUCUGAAAACAAUUCAAACAGCGGUGGUGGAGGUUGUAACCAACCCCAAACCCAGGAUAUGCUGGUUAUAA